CUUAUUAAAUAGAUGAAUAUGAACCUGUGAAGUAUGCCUGUGCGGAGAGGGUAUGUCACCCCUCAGAAUACAUUUUUCGAUACGAUCAUCCGAAAAUCGGAAUGUAUGAACAAGAAUUUCCUUAUUGCAAAUGCCAGAACAGAACACAGUGGUAUAAUUUAUUGCAAUGAUGGUUUCUGCGAUUUGACCGGAUUUUCAAGAGCAGAAGUUAUGCAGAAAUCAUGUCGCGUGGAAUUCCUUUAUGGUCAAAAUACGAACCCUCAAGUUGUGCAACAGCUGUGUACAGCUGUUGAAGAGCAAAAAGAUAUCGUGGUUGAGCUCCUGUUGUAUAAGAAAGAUGGAAGUGGUUUCUUGUGCCAGGUGUGUGUGACUCCGGUGAGAAACGAACAAGAUGAAAUCGCCAUGUUUAUUCUCAAUUUUGAAGAUACCACCAACACUCACUCUACCAGAACUGGUUCUCAAAAAUGGCAGCUUCUACGAAGCACGGUGAAGGUUGGUUCCCAGUUGAAGUUUCUGAAGCCACUGGCAUCUCAGUUGCAGCGAAAGCCUACAGCAGAAGGGGACUUGAAUCAAGAGAAAGAGGGUCCAGACGGCGCGGCUGAAGAAAGUCAAAGCAACCCCACUCAGGGUCAGAAGGUUUCCGCUGUGUCACACACUUCAAAUGCUCCCAAAGAGCCUCUUCUUGAGACCACAAAAAAAUCGACGGAAAUCACGACGGUACCCGAUAGAGAAUCGAACAAUAGAGACCAGCCGGAAGAUUUGAAUGGGCAGCGUCAGGUAACUCGCUCUGAUCUCGACAAAAGGGGUCCUAAUGAACGAAACACCAAUACUUGCGACCUUUCUUUGCCGCAGAAACUGGAAGGCAGCGGAUCUCCUAGAAAACAUGCAAGUUCAGUUGUGCCGCGUGUGGAGUUUAAAGGGCCCUCUGUAAACAGCAGCUGUGAAGAUGCAUCUGACACACCAGAACAUUUCCAGCUGCAGAAAAAGAAAAAGCCCAGACCACCCAAGAAGAUGCCUGUCAAUCGGACCAGGUCACAUUCCCCCGACUCAUACUCAAACGAGGAAGAGACGCAGGGAGAGCAACGUCAGUCUUUACUAGCAGCUGACCAAGAGAUGCUGCCCAAUGGACCUCGCCGUCCUUCAUUUCGACUGGGAAUAUCAUCGGAGUCCAUCAAUAAGCUGACUGCAAGCUUGAAUGACCUACGAAAGUCGAUUCACGACGAAGAUCCUCUCUCUGCUGUGUUGAACAUGGAAGAUCCACUUGACCCUGACCUCGCCGGAAAUCCAUCCUUCGUCCGCUCCAUAAAGGAUCAGAUCGGCGCCAAAAUUACACAGAUAAUGAAGCACACAGUGUCCACUCCGACCGAUGAGCAUGGACAGAGUAUAGUGAGGGGGGAUAAUAGGAGUAGAAGGGCCGGCUCCUCAUCCUCCUCGUCCUCCGAAGAGAGUAUGAGUAAAGAGGACGAGCGAAUCAAACAGUACAAUGCGUUGGCCGCUGCCCGCAGGAGAGCCACCACCAUCGCCGCCAAGUCCGACCACCCAGGGGAAGCAGGGGAUGGGACGGGAGCAGAGGAUGCCCCCCAUAAGGCUGUCCGUUUCACACGCGCCAGAUUAGAUGAGGUGCUGUCUCUGGGCACAGAAGUGAUUCCAGAGUACAAGAUGCAGUCCCGGCCUAGGAUGCACCGCUGGACAGUUCUCCACUACUCCCCCUUCAAGGCCAUGUGGGACUGGAUAAUCCUGUUGCUCGUAAUAUACACUGCCAUUUUCACGCCCUACGUGGCUGCGUUCGUCCUGUCGGACGAAGAGUAUCUCAUGAAAAACCAGAAGGCACACAGCUAUGGGAAGAGUCGCUAUGAUGAUCCUCUAGUGAUCAUAGACCUGCUGGUGGAUGUUAUGUUCAUCAUAGACAUCCUAAUCAACUUCAGGACCACUUACGUGAACAAGAACGAAGAGGUUAUCAGUGAGCCUAGUAGAAUUGCCGUGCAUUACUUCAAGGGCUGGUUCCUCAUAGACGUUGUCGCAGCCAUUCCCUUUGACUUGCUCAUGUUUGGAACUGAGGAAGACGAGACUACAACACUGAUCGGUUUGCUGAAGACGGCUAGACUGUUGCGUCUAGUGCGAGUGGCUCGGAAAUUGGACCGGUACUCGGAAUACGGGGCGGCCGUGUUGCUGCUCCUCAUGUGCACAUUUGCCAUGAUAGCACACUGGCUGGCAUGCAUCUGGUACGCCAUCGCUAAUGUAGAACGACCCACACUCGAGCACAAGAUAGGCUGGUUAGACCACUUAAGUGAGCAGAUAAAUGAGCCGUUCAACAACAGCACUGGCCUGGGGGGACCCUCCACCAAGGCCAAGUACAUCACCGCCCUCUACUUCACCUUCUCAAGCAUCACCAGCGUUGGUUUCGGAAACGUCUCUCCCAACACCAACGCAGAGAAGAUAUUCUCCAUCAUGGUGAUGCUAGUGGGAUCCCUGAUGUACGCCUCAAUCUUUGGAAAUGUCUCGGCCAUCAUUCAGAGACUGUACUCUGGUACUGCCAGGUACCACACACAGAUGCUUCGUGUUAAGGAGUUCAUCAAGUUCCACCAGAUACCCAAUCCACUGAAACAGAGAUUAGAAGAGUAUUUCCAGCACGCUUGGACUUACACCAACGGCAUUGACAUGCACGCUGUGCUGAAAGGUUUCCCAGAUUGCCUGCAGGCUGAGAUUUGCAUGCACCUCAAUAGAAAUCUACUUAAGGGCUGCGCUGCUUUCAAAGAUGCCAGUCCAGGUUGUCUGCGUGCUCUGUCUAUCAAGUUCAAGACCACCCACAUUCCUCCUGGGGAUACUCUGGUCCACAAGGGAGACGUGCUCAGCUCCCUCUAUUUCAUCGCCAGGGGAUCUGUGGAGAUAUCGGAGGACGAAGUGGUCGUCGCCAUUCUCAGCAAGGACGACAUCUUCGGAGACGGCGAGGCAUUUUGCGACAACAAGAGUAUUGGCAAGUCGAGAUGCGUGGUGAAUGCCCUGACCUAUUGCGAUCUGCACAAGAUAGAGUAUGAUGACAUCGCAGAGGUGCUGGAUAUAUACCCAGAGUUCAAAGAACAAUUCCGCAAGAAUCUCGAGGUGACAUUCUCGCUUAGGGAUAACGACAUGGUUCUGUUGAAUGAUUUGUUCGAAGACUUCCAGGGAGCCCCUCUUUCUUGGUCGCCACCUUCGUUAAAUAUGGGAAAAGAAAACAAGCAGCCUGUACUUUUUCAGCCUCCGUUUGCCAGUGAUGGAGAUGAGGAUGAUUCACCAAUGACUUACGGCAUCCGCAUCCUAAUGAGCUUAAAGGCUAUUCAGAUGCCGACUAGACUGAAAAGUAAGACUAAAGGAGAAGUACUGCAGGGUGUUACUUAA